AGUCUCAUAUAUUGAUUUGUUCGUCUUCAUGGAUUCUGUGCUUUUAUUUCAUUCUCUUCGAGUUACAUUAUUAAGUUGAUAUGUAUUCCUUCUAAAGUGUUUAAAAGUCUGAAUAUUCUGUAAAAAUGAGUGAAUUUCCGGACGGAGGUUCGCCGUCGUCUACAGUACUCUUAGAAUCAGCCGAUUCCCUAUCAUUUCGAGAUAAAGCCCUUACAAAGAGAUCUAUUUCGAAACACCAUAACAAUAACUUUAAAGCUGGCUACGUCCCUGUUCAUGAGCAAUAUUUGAAAAAAACAGGUUUGAGAGGUCGUAAAACUUUUGCCUUUUGGACUUUAGUAUUUUUACUGUGCGUUCUGGCGAUGGGCAAUUUUAUACUCACUUUAAGUAUACUGGGAGUCCUGAGACUAGGACAAGGAAUGCAAAGUUUAGAACUGGUCCCUGACGAAUCAACCGUUAAAUUUUUUGGAGACGCUGAUUUAGAUCAGUUAUACAAAAGGGAUGGUCGACUGGAAGGUUUCAAAGACAGUCCAAUUGAAAUAAGUGGCGACGGUGGACCUGUGAUUUUAACGAUUAUACCAAAACUAAGAAGAUCAUUCAACAAAUUGAUUAUGAACAACACGGGAACGUAUUUCAAACACUUCAACAAUUUUCGAGUUACACAUGGUCUAAACAGCAUUUUUUCUCUAACAGAUCCCCAGUUUAAUAUAGUUUCGGAUAUGGGAAAUCUUCAAACAAAAAUUACCGAAACGAACAGGGUUGUAAGUCCAAUAGAUAGAAGCUUAAAUAUUGAAGGAAAGAAAAUAGAAUUGAAAGGGGCUGAAGGUAUCGAUGUAGAAGGAAAAGAAAUCAUUUGGACUGCUGAUCAGAAUGUCUACUUGAAGUCUGUGAAUGGAUCGGUCAUAAUGAGCAGUAACGAGGGACUUUUUGUGGACGUUAAAAAAAUACCAUUGGCUAAUACAAAGCAUAAUGGGCAUGUUACUGCUCAGUAUAAACUAUGUGUGUGUAUGCCAGAAGGGAAAUUAUUUAGACUGCCAGUUCCAAACAAUCCUAAUAUUAAAGUUUAUUGUAAUCAGAUCAACUGGGCAGAAGGGCAAAAUUUAUGUAUGUAAAUAAUAGACAUAGAAUAUGUAAAUGAAAAAAGAAAAGCAUAGGUAAAAAAUGUAAUCAAUUUUGAGAGAAAUAAUAACUAUAAAUUGGUUAAUUAAUCCAAUCAAAGUUA